GGUUGGAGUGCGAGAGGGUCGCGGCCGCGAUGAUCUGACAGAUGAAAUAGCGAAAAAGAGAAAGAGAAGGCGGGCGUCCUCCCACACAAAACAUGUUCCCCAAAGGCAAAGGCACCCCGGUGCCGUCGGACGGCCAAGCACGGGAAAAGUUGGCUCUAUACGUCUAUGAGUAUUUGUUACACAUAGGAGCACAGAAGUCUGCACAGACCUUUUUAUCAGAGAUCCGAUGGGAAAAAAACAUAACACUGGGAGAACCCCCUGGAUUCCUACAUUCCUGGUGGUGUGUAUUUUGGGACUUAUAUUGUGCUGCUCCGGAGAGGAGAGAGACAUGUGACCACUCCAGCGAAGCGAAAGCCUUCCAUGAUUAUGUGAGUAGUGCUUACAUGAGAACUGUUGCGCUUAUUGCUCUGCCUUCUGCCAAAGAAGAGAGAAACUUUGCUAUCAGGUCUAAGAAGUGGUGUAAAUAACAUGCUUCUAUCUUG